GAACGGGCGCUGUGGGCGUUCAGCGGUUCCGUCUAGUAUGCCACCGUACCAUGUUUCGAAAUUAUCAUACCUACUGCACGGGACGAAUCGCAACGACAACGACACGCUGCGCGGAGUUACGUGCAUCUGGAACUUUCAUAAAUUCAUGUGACACAGAGGACCGAACAUCUUGAUACAGACAUAAAAGUCAUUAUAAUUUCGGCAGUGCUACGGAGAAGUGCUUGCUUAAAGUUCACCUGUAAGAUUUGGUGAACCAAUUCGACCCUAACGCAAUAAUACGAAGUAUAACCUCAAGAAUAUUUAUCAAGUUUGGCCUAAUGCACCUGGACAAGCAUCUUGACAAUACAAGUGACCCUUCUAUGACACCGAUGAUACCCCGAGGUCGCACAAGGCCACAUCUCACUCAAAAACAAAAAGUGAAAACUGAACUUUGCAGAAAUAUAGCAGAGGCAGGAAGGUGCCAGUACCAGGAUCGUUGUUUAUUUGCCCACUCCGAGCGCGAACUUCGACAGAGACCCACCAAUCCCAAAUUCCGCAAAGAUAAAUGCAAAACUUUCCAUAAUGAGGGUUUCUGUGGUUACGGAACUCGUUGCAGUUUCAAACAUGUAAUACAAGACGAACUGAUCACCCAGCUCAACAAGAUGGUCGAAAACUUUUGGCGAUGGAAAGAAAGCACUCAGACUUGUAGGGAAAUGAAUCGAACAGAAUUAAAUAUGGAGCCUUGCAAUCGCCGCUUUCAAUAUGCGCCAAAAAAAAACACCGAAUUCAUCGCGUUGAGUAGAAGCUGAAAGAUAUUACUGCCGAAACGUGAACAACGAGCAAGGCCUCACCUAAAGUUUAGGGUUUUUUUUCAUAAAAAAAUAAUUUAAUCAUACAAAAAAUUACUGCAUGGUUACAAAAAUACCCCCAAGAUACCGAUCCUAUAACAUGUGGUUCUAUAGGAAAUAUUACAAUAAGUGACGCGGGUUUCUACUUGUAGUGUCGUUUUAAAUAGUUUUAAAAGAAUUGUUAGAAAGUAACUGCCCAAAAUUCCAAGAGCCCCUCGACCUUAAUCUCUAGUAUUCUUUUCUAAAGAAAAUAUUUAUAAACCAUAUUUAAGUUCAAAUCUGACUCUAUAUGUACUUCAAAUGCUUUAGUCUCUUGACCCUUUACCACUACCACUAUCAUUACUACUAUUACUACUUAGUUAAAGCUAUCCUAACUUGGCAAGUUAAGGAAUCCGUAUGCUGUUAGAUAGCUAUAUAUAUAUAUGAUCAUACAUUGUAAAAAAGUUUUUACUUGCUGAUGUUUAUAAACCUACAUAUUAGAUCAACUAAUGACCUAUUGGUAAUUGAACAUAAUUGAAAUAUUGCUUUCAGUUUCUCUGGAACAAUAUGUAGACAGAGAAAAAAGAAAAAAAACUGUUUUAAGCAAAUCUAGGGCUCCCGUACAGAACCUGGACUCAAAUGUUGAUUCACGAAAAUGAAUAUGAUGCAAUGUUGACCUUCCUAGGGUUAAGAAGCCGUAACAAAUAAUUGUUUUUCAAAAAGUUGUCCAUUCGUUGAACGACAGCUUCCGUUCAAUGAGUUUUUUUUAUCUGUUAAGUUAUAGGCUACGGACUAGCAUCAAACAAAGGAUUCGAUCGCCGCAGACGUAGGAAAAGCGAACACAGAAUAGUAGUCAAAAGUUGGCAGUCCAUGUUGUUUUCGACUAAGUAACGUAUGAUAUACACAAAGAAAUAUUUAUAACAAAGUAUAUACUUAGUUGUAAGUGGUAUCCAGCAUUCGUGACACACAAAUGCGAAAUGUUACUUCUCUCUAUCAUUAAACGCUUUGGUACUUUGUUCUGGCUUGAUAUCAUCUUCAACUGAGUCGCGCCAGAUAUCAUUACAACGGCAGUAUUAAUACCAUAUCUUCACUUAAUAUGCCUUCAUUAUAGUACGUUAUUAAUAUAGCGGCUAGAUUGAAUCCAUUUGUGUAUUACAUCACAUUAGAAUCACUGCAUAAAACCGGUCCGAUGACCCAAAACAGGGGGUGAAACUUAGAAUACUGUAAGUGCACCGAGCUGACACACUUAAAUCGAAAUGUUCAUCAAAAUAAAGGAUUCAUUUCAUCCCAAGGAACAUGGCAUCUUUUUGCAAAACAUUUUAGCACAUCUUCAAGUCAUGUCAAAACCGCCUCUAUAAAGUCAAAUAUUUUAGUGUUGUCUAUCCUAGUAGACCAAAUGAGCUCACUGAACAAAAAAAGAAAGAUAAAUUUAUCAUGGAGCUCAUAAGUCAAACAGAGUAACAUAUCUACGAGGCCAAGUUGUAGUUUUUUUGAAAAAACUUAGGUUCCAGGUUAUUCGAAAAAGUUCUCAUUAUUUUCUUAAGCAUCGACAACUAUAUGGAUAACACUUUCUAUGCCACUUGAUUGUUCUACUAACUUGUGUCCAAGGAUAUAUAUUUACAAGAUGCUAGAUGAACGUAUUCUGUAGGUGAACGUACACCAUAUAGAUGUUUCAUAUUAUAAAGAAUAAGCUUGCACAUAGGCAAUUUCGGACAUAAAUUGUUUCGAGCUGUGUAUUUGUAUUACUCCAGUUAUAUAAUAAGCACCACAUAAUUCAAUUAAGCUUAAAACUAUUGAUUUUUACGGAUAAGCAACUAGAACUUACAUUUACAUAGUAAAGCUA